CUUGAAAACCACAGGGCAACAAGCCGGUCCGAAAUCACUGCUGUCAUCGGAUCAAUACCAACAUUGAAUUCUUAGAGAAACAUCAAAAUAGUCAAAGAAAAAAUUGUUCAGAUCAUACUGACUCAAUCUCAGUAUGAGUGGCGAUGCUACGGAAAAUUUCCCGGCUGAUGAACGGGAGGAAGAAAGCAUUUCCGACCGCCAUCGCAAAGAGAAGAAGGAGCUGCUAGCAAAAAUACAGGCAAUGAAAAAAGCCAAAGUGGACAAAAAGAAACGAAAGGAAAUGCAGGACGAGAUUGUGCGACUGGAGGCGGAGCUGGAAGCGCGACAUGCCGAAGAGCUGAAGGCAGACGAGCUUCCUAACGAAUCUCCAAGUGUUGCACUCAAUACAGAGCAAAACACAGCGGAUGACGAUGAAACGGGAAAGCAGUUCAAAGUUUCCAAAGCCCAACGAAGACGGGAGAAGAAACUUCAGGAACAGAAAGAACGAGAGGCACAAAUCAAAGCCGAAGAAUCGUGCAACAAAAAUUCGCCUCGAAUUGCUGAGGAUAAGAAGAUUGCCGAGAUUCUUGCGGCACGAGGCCUUGCCAGCUUCAACGUUCCUGCCGAUGGAGAUUGUUUGUACAAUGCGAUCAAACACCAGCUUGGCCGGCUGAGCAUUUUCCAGUAUGACACCGCUGACCUCAGACAACUGGCGGCCGAUUACAUCGAGGACAAUAAGGAUACCUUGAUCUUCUACAUGAGCAACCCCGAAACGGGGGAUAUUCUGGGUGAGGACGAAUUCAAUAAGUACUGCUUCCAGGUGCGCAAUACCAAAGCGUGGGGCGGUGAGAUAGAGAUAAAGGCACUCUCCAGCAGAUUGAAAUGCCCGAUAGAGAUCAUCCAGGCCAGCGGGACAUCGCCAAUCCACGGUGCCGGUGAAGACAUGGGCAGGAAACUUGUGCUGACCUAUCACCGGCACAUGUACCGCCUGGGAGAGCACUACAAUUCUACUGUGGCAGCCCAGGCAAAUACGGGAGGCGAUAGUGGCGACGACGAGGCGGACAAAGAUGAUUGAAGAUGAGCUUUAUUUGGAGGAUUUUUUAGUUUAAUUUUAGUUAUAAGAUGUGUAUCGCAAAGCGAUGUGUGUGUGAGAGAGAACUUGAUGAAUAGGGUGUAAACGAGAUAAAUCGUUUUCUAACUGCAAUAAAGUUUCUUCUA